UCACGGCCCCGCCCCGCCGGGAAGGUCGCCGCGGUGACUCCGCCAUGUUGUCCGUGGCCGCCCGCGCCGGGCCCUUCGCGCCCUUCGUGUGCGCCGCGGCCCACGCCGUGCCCAGCCCGCUCCGGCCGCUCGCCCCGGCGGCCGCAAGGAGCCAGCAAAAGGUGCCGCUCGACCCCAAGCGGCCCCUGCUCUGCCGGGAAUCGCUGAGCGGCCGCGCCGCCCGCGGGGGGCUCGUCGCCAGCGCCAGCCUGAACGCCCCUGCCAGUGUUCGCUGUGUCCACAACGAUGUCGCGGUCCCUGACUUCUCUGCCUAUCGCCGCCAGGAUGUGCAAGAUCCCGCUGCGUCUUCCCAGGGCAGCAGUGAUUCUAGGAAAGGCUUUUCCUACCUGAUGACUGCAACGACAUGUGUAGCAACUGCCUACGCUGCCAAGAAUGUUGUCACCCAGUUCAUUUCCAGCCUGAGUGCCUCUGCUGAUGUGCUAGCCUUGUCAAAGAUCGAGAUCAAGUUAUCUGACAUUCCAGAAGGCAAGAACAUGGCUUUCAAGUGGAGAGGGAAGCCCCUGUUUGUGCGCCACAGAACCCAGGCAGAGAUUAAACAGGAAGCUGAAGUUGAUUUGGCUCAACUGAGGGAUCCGCAGCAUGACUUAGACAGAGUGAAGAAGCCCGAGUGGGUGAUCCUGAUAGGUGUGUGCACCCACCUGGGCUGUGUGCCCAUUGCCAACUCCGGGGAUUUCGGUGGGUAUUACUGCCCCUGCCACGGCUCCCACUAUGACGCCUCUGGCAGGAUCAGGAAAGGUCCCGCUCCCUUAAACCUUGAGGUUCCAACUUACCAGUUUGUUGGUGAUGACAUGGUGGUGGUUGGCUGAGAGACGAGGUGCCUGCUCACUCCCAUGCUCCUGUGAAUGUACAAAAGGGUUAACUGAGGCUCUGGCACACUGUAAAACCUAAAUCCUAACGAGAUUAGCUGUCUAGGUUCUCAACCAGAACUAUGUUCGAAUACUUGCCUGUGUUCAAUUUUAAUAAAAUCUUGGAGUGAGCACUUGUUCCUGA